CUUCUCUAGCAGACGUGGGCGGUAGCUCUGCCCAAAAGAAGCGUUUCCUUGUGCUGUCAUAUGCGACGUAAAAGGCAAGGACCUACAGUUCAAGAGGAUACAGAAAGUUGACAUAAAUAAGGGAAUUUAGAGCAAAUAUAUAUUUGAUUAGUUUGAAUUAUAAAUGAUAUCUUUACAUCACACCGCCCAGCUAUCUUGAUGCGGACGCUGGAGGCGGUAAUCUGUCUGUUUGUUUAGCUAGCUGCUAUCGAGCCUCCUGCUCUUCAAACACACCGCCUGCGGGGCGAUGGGUACGGAUCUGUUGUCGGACUUGGACAGCCGCUUCUUCGCGGAUAACCUGCUGACGAGCGAAGACUGGGAUGCCUGCCUGUUCCAGUGUGAGAGCAUGGAGGAGGGCGAGGACGGGGACUUCGGCCGAGGCUUGAAAUACGACGCAUCGUUCGACAAUGACCUCGUGCUCACCCUCGAUCCUGACAACCCUACGUCGCCCUGGCGACACCUUGACGACAACCUUCUCACAGCUGACGCUCCGGCCAUUAAAAACGAAAUGACAAUAACGCAGCCGCUGCCGGUGGAGAUGUUGUUUCAGGUGAAAGCAGAGCCUCCCUCGCCCCCGUCCUCGCUCGAGUCCGAGUGCUCGGCCUCUCCACCUGACCCACAGAUCACCGUUAAAGGCGAAAAUCCUCCGACUCCUCCCUACAUGUACGGAGACGUGCUGUCGCCUCCUCUAGGGUCCAUGGAGGUUACCGUAGCAACAACAGCACCCCCAACACAAACCCAGAUUGCUGCGGUGACACAGACGCAGCUCCAGACGCCGCUGACGACGCCGAUCCCGGCGGUCAUCGGCGGGCUACAGACGCAGGCUACAGUCUCUCUCAGUCCGAGCUCGGCCACGUUAAAGGCCAACACCAUCCUGAGCACCAAACCCCCCAUCCAGCCCCGACCCGUGUGCGUCGCCACCCUCCCCAUCUCCCAGACCGCCACGCCGGCCAAGGCGCUCAUACUGCAGGGCCUCCCCUCCAUGGACCAGACCAGACCUGUCGUCAUCUCUCCGUCCGUCUGCCUCGGCUCCACGCCGGCCAUCGUCAAAAUGGAGCCCGUCUCUCCCAGCAUCCCCCAGCACUGCUCCAGCCCCACGGCCCCGCCCACCAGCAAACCCAUCGUCCCGGCGACCACGACUUUGCCCGGCAACAGCUCGAACGGCAUCGAUAUGAAAGUGCUGAAGCGGCAGCAGAGGAUGAUAAAGAACCGUGAGUCGGCCUGCCAGUCGAGGAAGAAGAAGAAGGAGUACCUGCAGAACCUGGAGGCUCAGCUGAGGGAGGCCCAGCAGGAGAACGAACGGCUCCGCAAGGAGAACCAGGCACUGAGGGAGAGACUGGCAGGGAAGGAGGGCGCCGAAUCAGCGAGUAACAAGAGAGCCGUGUGCGUCAUGGUCGUCCUCCUCUUCAUGACCUUCAGCUUCGGACCCGUCAGCAUCACAGACAGGAAGCUGGCGACGGGUCUGCACGAAGACGUGGUGUCGUUUACAGGACGGCGGCUGCUGGAGAUCGAACAGCACCAGCAGGCGCCGCCGCCGCUUACCAACAAGGUGGAGGACAAGACGGAGACGGAGGAGGACGGAGGAGACGAGCGAUGGAAGAGAGCGGAGGCGAAAUACGCCGCAGAGCCGUAUCAGUUCAGAAACCUGAGCGACGUGUUCAGUGAUGUGAAGGACCUGGUUCUGCAGGACAUCGACCGUUACUUCACCUCCUCUGACUGCCGGCAGUUCAACCGCUCCGAGUCUCUCAGGCUGGGGGACGAGCUGAGAGGAUGGGUCCAUCGACACCAGAUCGAUCGCAAGAAGUCCGGAAAGCCGAAGAUGGCCAAGAAGGCCAAAGUCGCCCAGAAAGCUCAGCAGAGGAAAACCAACUUCUCCAGAUAUCUGCCGAUCCAGACUCACCGCUCCAUAGAAAGUCAGCUGCAGGUGCUUCCUGGUCCUGAGGUCACCUACAGCGACUUCCUGGACGCCAUCGACCGCAGAGAGGACACGUUCUACGUGGUCUCGUUCAGACGGGAUCACCUCCUGCUUCCAGCCAUCAGCCACAACAAAACCAGCCGGCCCAAGAUGUCCCUGGUGAUGCCGGCCAUGUCUGUAAACGAGAGCCUCUAUAACUCAUCUCAAGGCUACGAGAUGAUGAUGCAGGUCGACUGCGAGGUCAUGGACACUCGGAUCGUCCCCAUCAAGUCGUCCGCCGUUCCCCCCUCGCUUCGAGACCCACCCCCUCCCCCCUCCUCCCACGGCAGCUCCAACCAUCACCACAGCAACCACACCUCACUCCGAGGACGCCACCAGCACCAGCACCACCCCUCCUCUUCCUCUCCGUCUCAGAGGCAGCCUUUACCCGCCCGCCGACGGACAGCUGAAUACUUAAUCAGCCAAUCAGAAGGAGUCUGAAGGUCGGAGGUUAAAGGUUGGAGAAAGACUUGAAGUAUAACCUCACUGUCCCUGCACCAGGUAACGGUUCCUCCUCCAGCAAACAGGAAGCUCCUCUCCGCACACAAGUCGAGUUUCCUGCCGUUUCCCAAAAGGUGAAAAUUCAAGAAAACAAAUUGAACUUGAGGACGUCCCACAAACGCCAGCAUGUUUGUAAGAACGACAGCGGCGUGCAUGCUGCGUUUUAAUGUUUAACAGCGAGAACGCAGCGUGGAGAAGCUGCUCCAUGAAGCGCCCACAGCCACACAUCUGUCACCUAAGCUCCGCCUUCUGUACCUCAUAAUUCAGACAGAGGACGAGCUGAGCUUCUUCUUUCACGUACAAACAGGAAGUCUGUUCUAAUGCUCUGAAAGAUCCGAGUAAACGUCAGAAAUAAACUUUACAGAAUAAAUUCAGCUCAUUUACAGGAUCAAGUGUAACGUUCAUCCUUCAGAGACACCGAGCACAGCGCUGAGACGUUAACCGGCGCCAGCGUGUUUUUCACGUUUUAGUGAGUCGUAAUUAUGAGAUACAGAAGCCCAGAGGAGCUGCAGCGCCUCUCAGCUGUCAGUCCGGCAGCUGCUGCAUGAAGCAGGAGCCGCAAAGAUGUGACGCCGUCCGUACGGCGCGAGGUGUGGCAUCUAAAAUAUCGCCAGCAAAAAGCCAAACCAAUGAAAUUCCACUGAGAGUGAAACAAAAGCAGCUCGUUUGGUACUUUUGGGUUUUCUGUGGUACAGCAGUGAAAUCGUUUCUGCGUCGUGCGUCAGCCGUCGCCUUUAUCAAUGUUUUGUUUUUUAUGCUUGUUUUGGAGCAGUUAUUUAAUAGUUGUAAAUAUGAGUGUAGAUAUCUUGUCACCUUUUUACUUUUUCUAAUUUUUGUUUUUUCACAACAAAAAGUAAAAAAACAAAGAAAAAUAUUUUGUAUUUGUCGGACGGUCUGGCGUGACUCUGUGCUGGUCGUUUGAACUCGGGAUUAUCUCCUGAUCUAAAAUAUUUAUGGAUAUAUAUGCAGAUUUUUGAUCUUUAUUAUUGUACAGAAUUAACGUGUAGAAAACUUCAUACAGUUUGUUUUAUUGUGAAAAAUCUUGGCCUGUUCUGCUCACUUCCUGUCUUUUUUUUUUUUUUUUAAGUUUAGACUCUAACAGAGCAGCUUUGCAUGAUCCACAGUUCAUAAUAAUCCUUCUUUAUCUGAUACGGGGCCAGUUUAUCCUCUGUGUGGAAAAAUAAAAAGCUGCUUUGGCCACUCCCCUUUAACCUUUCUUUUGAGUUUUGGGUGGGGCUUCUGUGGCUGAGAUGACCAUAUUAGGGAUGCUUUCUUUGUGACAUCAUCCAGAGCCACAAGGAGAAAAAAAACUGCUGAAAUUUUCCAUUUGAGCUCCUGGAUCAUAGGACGAUUGUCCAUUAGUGCACAUAUGCUUGUGUUUACCACGAGCACGGAGGGCGGGGCAAGAGACCUGGCGGAUGAAAGCAACCCCCAAAUGUACAGAAUAGCUCCGGCCCGCUGAGCCGACGGUGUGACUUGUUUUUGAGUAUGUACAAAAUUUUCAAUCGUUUAAAAAGUUUAAAGCGCCCAAGUUUCACCCAUCAGGGUCACGUUUGCUCAGCAUUAUGGGAAAUGUAGGAUCUGCAGCCUUUCUUACAGUGAACAUGUGGGAAAACCUCCUCCUGUGUUAAUGUCGUUUCACUUCAUGGUGUUUUCCUUUCAUACUGAUGUUACUCUUCAUGUGUGCAGAGAGGAACGUGGAGGAUAUGAAGGUAAACUUUUCCUUUUAAUGGUGGUUUGAGUUUUAAAACACCGAUGGAGCAGAAAAACGAGAUUUGUCAGCUGCUCGUUGGUUCUUUCACACACAGUCGGCUCAUGUUUCACUUCCUGGUUUCUGUAAUCUGAAAACGCACUGAAAGCUGUUACUGAACCUUUGGGGUGCUUGUUGAUCAGCUGGCAUUAUGACAUCACGCAUUUAGAUAAAUCCUCAGGAAAUGUUCUGGUUUGUGUCUGUUCAUCACAAAAAUGACGUUUGCAUUCUAAAUGUGGUUCAGACGUAGUUUUAUUCAAAACUCCGACCUUUGACCCGCUUUAAGAGCCACCGUCUGCUCUGCAGCCUGUUCUUGUACAAACCAGAUUGUGAGCUCGCUGAAGCUGCACAUAUGAAAAUGUAAACUGUCCUUUUUUAUGUAAAGGGAAUAAAAUCAUGAAUGUGUAAAUAUUUCACAGG